UUCUGUAACCGGUAAGUUUGGUAUUAACCAGGCGUGUUGCAAGGCGUUUAUGGAUAUGGAUGAUAAGUGUUGGCCAAAAAUGUUUCCGUUCAAUCCAUUCUUUCGUCCUCUUCUCAAGAAUAGUUGCUCUCGUAUCAACGGAGUUGUUCUCACACACACCACACCUCAUCAAGUCCCUACCAUUCCUGGGGUUUCUCAUCCCGGUUCUCCAGUCGAUCUCACAAAAUGUUGGUCAUCACUUACCAGUGUUCAAGGUUGUGUAACUGAAAUCUACAAAUCAGUGUUCACGGGAAAGUUUGAUAAUGUUGGACCAAUGUGUUGUAAGGCAGCUUCGGCUGUGGAUGCGAAAUGCUGGCCACAUAUGUUUCCACUAAAUACAUUCUUCCCUCGUCCUCUCAAAGAAAGUUGUUCUCGCAUCAUCAAUGAAGCAGAACCUACGCACAAAUGA